AUUGGUCAGCGGCCCAGGGCGGCAGCCAACCCGCGCGCUGGGCGGGCCCGGAGUCGCGUCUCGCCCGGGCGCCGGGGGCUCCAGGUUCGAGGCCGGGCGGCUGGGCUGGCGGGCGGCGGGGCAGCCCACGGGCCGAGCGACCAUGCGGGGGGACCGGGCGGCUGCGCGGCCGGCGCUGCUGCUGCUGCUGCUGCUGUCGCGGGCCGCGGCGCUGCGCCGGGGCGAGCUCUUCCCCCACGGGGAGCUGUGGGGGGACCGGCUGCUGCAGGAGGGCGACGACGAGAGCUCCGCCGCGGUGGAGCUGGCGAUUCCCUUGCGCUUCUUCGAAGCCCAGUUCAGCAACCUCUACGUGGGCACCAACGGCAUCAUCUCCACCCAGGACUUCCCCAGGGAGACUCAGUAUGUGGACGACGAUUUCCCCACAGACUUCCCGGCCAUCGCCCCUUUCCUGGCCGACAUCGACACGAGUCAGGGCAGGGGCCGGGUCCUGUACCGCGAGGACACCUCCCCGGCGGUGCUGAGCCUGGCUGCCGGCUACGUGCGCUUGGGCUUCCCGCGCUCCGCCGCGCGCUUCGCUCCCACACACGCCUUCCUGGCCACCUGGGAGCAGGUGGGCGCCUACGAGGAGGUCACGCGAGGGGCCCCACCCUCCGGGGAGCUGAACACUUUCCAGGCAGUUCUGGCAUCUGAUGGGUCUGACACCUACGCCCUCUUUCUUUAUCCCGCCGGUGGCCUGCAGUUCUUUGGGACACGCCCCAAGGAGUCUUACAAUGUGCAGCUCCAGCUUCCGGCUCGGGUGGGCUUCUGCCGAGGGGAGGCUGAUGACCUGAAGAGAGAAGGACCAUGUUUCAGCUUGACUAGCACUGAACAGACUGUUAAAAACCUCUACCAGCUGAGCAAUCUGGGUGUGCCUGGAGUGUGGGCUUUUCACAUCGGCAGCACCUCCCGGCUGGACAACGUGAGGCCAGCGGCAGCUGGAGGAGACCUUCCCGCAGCCCAUGCCUCGGCUCCCUUGCAGCGAUCCUUCAGCCUGGCUGCAGCCCUGGAGGGCGACUACACAGAGGACAAUCUGGAUUAUUACGAUGAGAAUGAGGAGGAAGUGGAUUACCCCCCUGGGGGGCCAGAGCAGGCAGCCAAUAGCCACCGCAGUGUCCACGGGGCCUUCCACCCGGGGAGCUCCCCUACCCAGCCUGAGCUGGCCUCCCCUUUGCCGCACCCAACGCCUAGUGACUGGUUACUCUACCCUGAAAGAGAGCCUGCCACCUCGGACCCUCAGACCAAAGAGGGGACAUCUUUGGAGGAAGUAGAAGCCCCUGAUUUAAAAGGCCGAAUUGAGUCUCCAGACCAGGCAGGGAGCAGAAGCCUGGCUCCGCCCCAGGUAGACGUGGAGUCCCGGGCCCCUUCCUACCCACCACCCUACCCAGAUGUCAGGGCUGCGCCCUCAGAAAGGGGUCUUCCUCCAGCCCAUCCGGAAGGAGAAGCUGUUGCCCCACGUCACCCUGUGUCCGGCCACACUCCGUCCCUGGGUCGUGGAAGGUCCGUGGUAGGAGUGGAAGACGACAUCGGCUCUAACACCCAGGUCUUCACGUACAACGCUGCCAGCCGGGACACCUGUGAGCACAAGCACGGCCAGUGCUCCCGGCACGCCUUCUGCACUGACUACACCACCGGCUUCUGCUGUCACUGCCAGUCCAGGUUCUACGGAGACGGGAAGCAUUGCCUGCCAGAAGGGGCCCCUCAUCGAGUCAACGGGAAAGUGAGUGGACGCCUCCUUGUGGGCCCCACCCCCGUAGACUUCACCGAUGUGGACCUGCACGCCUACAUUGUGGGCAAUGAUGGCAGGGCCUACACAGCCAUCAGCCACGUCCCGCAGCCGGCAGCCCUGGCCCUCCUGCCCCUCACGCCAGUCGGAGGUCUGUUUGGCUGGCUCUUCGCUUUAGAAAAGCCAGGCUCUGAGAAUGGCUUCAGCCUCACAGGUGCCACCUUUACCCACGACAUGGAAGUUACUUUCUACCCGGGAGAGGAGAGGGUUCAUAUCACUCAGACAGCCGAGGGACUUGAUCCAGAAAACUAUCUGAGCAUUAGGACCAAUAUUCAAGGCCAGCUGCCUUACAUCCCAGAAAAUUUCACGGCCCAUAUCGCUCCCUACAAGGAGCUGUACCAGUACUCGGACUCAGCCGUGACCUCCACUAGUUCCAGAGAGUACUCUCUCACCUCUGGUGCCAUCAACCACACUCGGUCCUACCACAUCCGCCAGAACAUCACUUACCAGGUGUGCAGGCACGCCUCCAGGCACCCGGCCAUCCCCGCCACCCAGCAGCUGACUGUGGACCGGGUUUUUGCCUUGUACAGUCAUGAAGAGAGAGUCCUCAGAUUUGCUGUGACCAAUCAGAUUGGCCCGGUUGAAGGGGACUCAGACCCCACUCCUGUGAAUCCUUGCUAUGAUGGAAGCCACAUGUGUGACACGACAGCACAGUGCCAUCCGGGGUCGGGUGUGGAUUACACCUGUGAGUGUGCACCGGGGUACCAGGGAGAUGGACGCAGCUGUGCGGAUGUAAAUGAAUGUGCAACUGGCUUCCACCGCUGUGGCCCCAAUUCUGUGUGUAUCAACUUGCCUGGGAGCUACAGGUGCGAGUGUCGGGGCGGGUAUGAGUUUGCAGGUGACCAGCACACUUGUGUCUUGGCCACCCCACCUCUCAGCCCUUGUGAGGAUGGCAGUCACAACUGUGCUCCUGCUGGCCAGGCCCGCUGCAUUCCCCAUGGAGGCCUCGCAUUCAGCUGCGCCUGCCUGCCUGGCUACACGGGCAAUGGGCACCAGUGUUCUGAUGUUGAUGAAUGUGCGGAAAACGGAUGCCACCCGUCAGCUAUCUGCUACAAUACCCCUGGUUCCUUCUCCUGCCAUUGUCAACCUGGAUAUCACGGGGAUGGACUUCACUGCACGCCCGACUCCAGCUCAGGCCUGACGCCCUGUGAACAACAGCAGCGCUAUGCCCAGGCACAGCACGCCUACCCUGGGGCCCGAGUCCACAUCCCUCAGUGCGACGAGCAGGGAGAUUUCCUGCCAUUGCAGUGUCAUGGCAGCACUGGCUUCUGCUGGUGCGUGGACCCUGAUGGUCACGAAGUCCCUGGUACCCGGACUCCCCCUGGCUCCACCCCACCUCACUGCGGACCACCACGAGAGCCCACCCAGAGGCCCCGCACGGUCUGUGAGCGCUGGAGGGAAAACCUGCUGGAGCACUACGGCGGCUCACCGAGGGAUGACCAGUACGUGCCCCAGUGCGACCACCUGGGCCACUUCAUCCCCCUGCAGUGCCACGGGAAGAGCGACUUCUGCUGGUGUGUGGACAAAGAUGGCAGAGAGGUGCAGGGCACGCGCUCCCAGCCUGGCACCACCCCUGCGUGUAUACCCACAGUGGCUCCUCCCAUGGUCCGGCCCACGCCCCGGCCUGACGUGACCCCUCCGUCUGUGGGCACCUUCUUGCUGUAUGCCCAGGGACAGCAGAUCGGCCACCUGCCCCUCAAUGGCACCAGGCUUCAGAAAGAUGCAGCCAAGACCCUGAUGUCACUGCAUGGCUCCAUAGUCGUUGGGAUUGAUUACGAUUGCCGGGAGAGGACUGUGUACUGGACAGAUGUUGCUGGGCGGACAAUCAGCCGUGCCAGUCUGGAACCAGGAGCGGAGCCCGAGACGGUUGUUAACUCAGGUCUGAUAAGCCCCGAGGGACUGGCCAUCGACCACAUCCGUAGGACAAUGUACUGGACAGACAGCGGCCUGGAUAAGAUAGAGAGGGCCCAGCUGGACGGCUCUGGACGCAAGGUCCUCUUCCACACGGACCUGGUGAAUCCCCGCGCCGUCGCUGUGGAUCCAAUCCGAGGCAACUUGUACUGGACAGACUGGAAUAGAGAAGCUCCUAAAAUUGAAACAUCUUCUUUAGAUGGAGAAAACAGAAGAAUUCUGAUCAAUAAAGACAUUGGAUUACCCAAUGGCUUAACCUUUGACCCCUUCUCCAAACUGCUGUGCUGGGCAGAUGCAGGAACCAAAAAACUGGAGUGCACACUACCUGAUGGAACUGGACGGCGUGUCAUUCAGAACAACCUCAACUACCCCUUCAGCAUCGUCAGCUACGCAGAUCACUUCUACCACACAGACUGGAGGAGGGACGGUGUUAUAUCAGUAAAUAAAGACAGUGGUCAGUUCACUGAUGAGUAUCUCCCGGAGCAGCGAUCUCACCUCUACGGGAUAACUGCCGUCUACCCCUACUGCCCAGCAGGAAGGAAGUAAAUAGGAAUGUAAAGGUGGACUUGGAGUUUACAAUCAGAACCUGGACCCUAAAGAACAUUUACUGCAAAGUGAAGAAAAGUGAAAAAGGCAUUGGCCACGAGAAGUUCCUGUAUACACCAGAUGAACAUUUUUAGUGCAAAAAACUACAUUUUGUGAAGUUUAUACCUCAAUCUUUACUACUGUACCUUUAAAAACAAAGGUUGUUAUUGCAAGUUUUAAAAAGUAAUAGAAUUUUAAUUGUUGCCUAUUAAAGCAAUUUCUUAUAAACAUUUAUCAUAUUUAAAAGAUCAGAUUCAACUAAGAAAGAAUUAAGAGUCUCAGACUCUAAAUCUGAUUUUUGUUAUGGAUUCUUUCUGGCCAAGAAACUAAAACCUGUGCUCAGUAUAAAAUACACAGUCCUAAGGAUCAUAAACUUUGACACAGUGAGCGAGGGCAGUGCAGAACGGAGGGGACGUGACCAGUUAUUUAUGGUUUCCCAACAGAAGUUCUCACACUAUUUUUUUUACCUCUACAUCAGUGCAUUUCUAUUUAUAUCAAAAGGUGCUAGAAUGAUUCAGUUUGUAUUUUCUGAUCCUGAAAAUGCCUCUACAGAAGUACUCACAGAAAGUUUACUACAUUAAUAAAUACCAAAGGUGUAACAGUUCUCAAAUUUUCUAAUUAUUCCAAUAAAAAAUUUAAGUUUU